AUGGAAGCCCUGGGGGGGCUGGAGCGGGAGACGGCGGGGUCCGCCCCGUCCCAGGCCCCCGAGCCCAUUCGCUUCGGCAUCGAUCAGAUUCUGGGUUGCCCUCCGCCGCAGAGCUGCGCGGGCGAAACGGGGCCCCUCGAGGGCCACGGCGGGGCAGCCGAGAUGGUCCCCCAAAGCGGCGGCUACGAGGCGGACUACGGCCCCGCCUGCUCCCUCGGGGCUUACGCUCUCCCGGAGGCCUCGCCCGGCAACAGCGGCGUGAUCCGAGUCCCCGCGCACCGCCCGAUGCCCUCCGUGCGCCUCCAUCCUCGGCCCGCGGGAGCCAGCCUCGCCUUCCCUUGGAUGGAGCCCAGCAGGCGACUGACCAAGGAGCGGAUGGCAGCCGCGUUGCCGCCCUUCUCCGUGACCAGGCGGGUCGGCCACCCGUAUCAGAAUCGCACGCCGCCCAAGCGCAAGAAGCCGCGCACGUCCUUCUCCCGAGCGCAGAUCUGCGAAUUGGAGAAGCGGUUCCAUCGGCAGAAAUAUUUGGCGUCCGCAGAGCGAACCGCCCUGGCCAAAGCGCUUAAGAUGACCGACGGCCAGGUCAAGACGUGGUUCCAGAACCGUCGCACAAAGUGGAGGCGACAGACGGCGGAGGACCGCGAGGCGGAGCGCCAGCAGGCCAGCCGGUUAAUGCUGCACCUCCAGCCCGACGCCUUCCCGAAGAGCCUGGGGCAGCCGCUGCAGCAGGACCCUCUCUGUUUGCACAAUGCCUCGCUCUUUGCCCUGCAGAACCUGCAGCCCUGGGCCGAGAACCACGAGGUGACUUCAGUCUCGGGAGCCGCCACCCUGGUGUGA